AUGGCUUCCAACGGCGUCUUCGAUUCCUUCGCCGCCUACUCCUCCACUUUCUUGCGUGAUCCGAGCACCAGCAGGCGCUUCACACCCCCCUCCACGGCGUUCCCCUGCGGUAAGAUGGGAGAGAACAGCGGGGCGCUGGGGGCCGCCGCCGCGGGCGGUCGGGCGCGGCCCGAGGUGCGCUCCGUCGUGGACGUGCUGGCGGAUCACGCCGGCGAAUUGGUGCGCACCGACAGCCCCAACUUCUUGUGCUCCGUGCUGCCGUCUCACUGGAGGUGCAACAAGACGCUGCCCGUCGCCUUCAAGGUCGUGGCUCUCGGAGACGUCCCCGAUGGGACGGUGGUGACGGUGAUGGCGGGGAACGACGAGAACUACUCCGCGGAGCUCCGCAACGCCUCCGCCGUGAUGAAAAACCAAGUGGCGAGAUUUAACGACCUCCGAUUUGUCGGGAGAAGCGGCAGAGGAAAAAGCUUCACCCUGACGAUCACAGUGUUCACCAACCCCACCCAGGUCGCUACGUACCACCGAGCCAUUAAAGUCACUGUAGAUGGACCCCGGGAGCCACGACGGCACAGACAAAAGCUAGAAGACCAAACCAAACCCUUUGCUGACCGCUACGGGGAACUGGAGCGGCUGCGUCAGUCCAUGAGGGUCACCCCCACAACACCCAGCCCCCGUGGAUCCCUCAGCACCCCGAGCCACUUUGGGUCGCAGGCUCAGACUCCUAUCCAAGGCACAUCAGAGCUGAGCCCCUUCUCGGACCCGCGGCAGUUCGACCGCUCCUUCCCCACGCUGCCAACCCUCACCGAGACCAGGUUCUCCGACCCACGGAUGCAUUACCCCGGCGCCAUGUCAGCCGCCUUCCCCUACACCGCAACCCCUUCAGCCACGGGCAUCGGGGGCAUCAGCAUGACCAGCAUGCCCACCACCACGCGUUUCCACCACACCUACCUGCCUCCUCCCUACCCCGGCUCCACGCAGAACCAGAGCGGACCCUUCCAGACCAACCCCUCUCCCUACCAUUUGUACUACGGCACGUCGUCGGGUUCCUAUCAGUUCUCCAUGGUGGCGGGUGGUGAACGCUCCCCCACCCGGAUGCUCUCUUCGUGUACGAGCGCCUCGGCGGGGAACAACUUAAUGAACCCCAACCUGGGCAAUCAGAACGACGGGGUGGAUGCGGACGGGAGCCACAGUAACUCACCAACAACCAUGACGACUACUGGGAGGAUGGAUGAGUCGGUUUGGAGACCCUACUAGGAAGGAGGAGGGCAGCUGGGCACCGAGAGCUUUAACCGGAUCGGCCGCCGCGACGUUACUCCUUUCCCAUCGAAAUGAUGCUGAGGGAAAAGGUAAACCAAAGUCUCCCAAACCAAAAGCAAAGCAGGAGGAAUCCUCUACACAUAACCACGGGCAAACAUCAAGCAAAGCUGGGCUGGGACCUACGUUACAUUUCAAGAUGAACGUCCACAAGGCUUGAAUUUGUCGCUUGAUGUGGUUCCUUUCAUAUGGUUUUAAUAUGUGGAUUGUACAUAGGGAAAAAAAGAUGCGUGGAUUCAGAUGUUUGUUUACUGCCGAACACUUCUCGGUCAUCUCACUUGCACCCUCAUCCCCACACAAAGCAUUCAGGAGUCAGGGAAAGCUCGCCCUUCUGCAAAGCGCUCCAGAGACAAGAGCAGGAAAUCAUCCGAGCCAUCUCUGUGCCGAAGCACAAAGACUGAACUGAAAAAAAAGGAAAAAAAAAAAAAAAAGGAAGAAAAAAAAAAGGAAAGAAACCUUUGUCUCCUCUCAUUCCCUCCCAGCAGUGUAGGGCUGCUGCCCAGCAAAGAGCUCUGGUUUACAGCACAAGUUACAGGCUGUGUGUCCCUCGUGGGUCGGCAUCAGCCACGCGAACGGGAGCUGUGAUGGGGCUGUGAUUAUUCCUUGCUGACGACAGAGGCUGUAUUGUUCAUUUCUGUGCAUUGUCGUCGUUUUUUAAGCAGUAGCGUGGCUGAUCCCGUGCCCGGCAGGCCCUCCCCUCUCCUCUAUGUUUACAUAUGAGAUGUACUUUUCACACGAUGCGUUGUGUUUUGUUUGCUCUCUCGCCUUGACCUCACCAUUCAAUUCUUUGCUCCUCUUAGCAGAUCUCAGCGAUGAUGAUGAUGGUGGUGUGUGACGUGAAGGCGGUGUUGGGGGCAAGCCGAGAUGUGUGAGAUGCAAAUUCCCGGCUCGUGAGCUGCUGUGGGGCUGGGAACCUUUGGCACUGUGCUGCCGUGGGUCUGUGGGUCUUCCUUUGAUCCUCUCUGAGUGCCUGCACACGCAGCUGGUGGCAAAGCGUCCUCCUUCUGCUGUGAUUCUUUCCUGUGUUUUCACCAGGAGCGGAUCGACACACGAGGACUUGUUUUAUUAAGCAACGACCGGCACUUACCAGCGUGUGCUGAAAGCACCAACUGAGAUCUGGAGAAAGGAGCGCUUCCUACUCAGCCCCUCUCAUGGUGGGAAGGUCGUGAAGCAAUGCCAGCUGUCAUCCCACAUCCCCUCCUUUCCUCCAGGUGUCUUGGGGUGCUGGUGUCGGCUCAGCAGCUGAAGGACCGGCACUCAGAGUCACUGUGGAACCUUUGGGGGCUCUGCCUGAGCUCCAGCACACACCACGAUUCCAUCCAUUCCCACCAGCGCUGGGUUGGUGGUUGGACACGAUGACCUGGGAGGUCUCUUCCAAUCUUAAAGAAUCCAUGACCCUCGUUGUGCCUCUUUGUGCACGAGCGCAAGAAAACAUAAACCCAGCAGCUGCCCCCCCAUCCUUCCCUGCUGAAUUUAUGCCCUUAUGGCCGCAACACCUCUUGCCAAAUCUCAGUUGGUAGCUCAUCAGCAAUCAGUUCUAAUUGCACUACCAUGUAGAGAUGGGAGCGAGGCGUCCCUGUUUAGUUGGAAAGCUGCGAUGACCACUCAGUGAGUUAAACAUGCAGCAAGAGAAACAACUCUUCUAUAAGAUUCAUCCCACCCCCAAAUCCCUUCCCCAGCAAAACUGCAACGUUCACGUCCUUAAGCAACAGCAGGCACCUUUGGGUGCUCCCAGCUGGAGAAACUGGACCGGAGCAGCCUGUGUUUGGAUGCAUUUAUAUUGAUCAUCCAAUCGCACCACUGAUUGAAAGCACAAGCAAACAAGGCAUUCGUAGGACUAGCUUAAUUUAUGACUGUUCGUAGUGAAUUAAAAAGAAAAGCAACGAUGUUGUUUUUAUGACAUAUUGUCAUGUGAAGGCGUAAAUAUACGCACCUCUAUGGUAUGCAGAUGGUCACGAGACAGGCCAAUGUUUUUUGCUUUGCACUAUAAUUUGCUUUUUUUUUUUUUAAAGAAAAAAAAAAAAAAAGAAAAUGCACAAUUGCUUGUACAGUAUGAACCCCUUUGUCCGGCUCAAAGAAUAUUUAACUAUAAAAUCUAAUUUUUAGUCAUAUUUGUUAUAAUAAUAUAAUUCUUAAAUGUGUUGAAGGAUCCGAUUCUUAAGAAUGCUUCUAAUACUUGUACAUGCAGGGUAAAAUGACAACGAAGAGCUAAGGAGAUGAGAACAGAGAUCGCUGUAGAUAAAGAAGGCCAAAGCUGUUGUGGUGGUUUUUUUUUUUAAUGGUGUCUUACAAUGGACAUUAAAAAGAAAUGCUAGCGAUACCAAAUAAUGUGGUUGUUGUGUAACGUACCGGCCCUACUUGAAGGCAGUGCCCUCUAUUUAAUAUGUAGCCCAUCUUUUUAACCUGUAGCACUUGUC